GAAGGUGAGGGGAAAUUAGGGUGAAAAGGGACAAAGUGUAAGGACAUAAGACAAAAAAGUGUGAAAAGGGGACUGGAAAGAGGGUGUUGGUGACAGAAAAUGGAGCAAGAGGGGAAAGGACUGGAGAGGGAAAUGAGGGACAGAAAUGGAAGGGACAGAGGUGGCAGGAACUGGAGGAAGGAGGUGACAGAAAUGGGAGAAACCCUGGAGAAAAAAGAUAAGGAGGGAGGAAAUGGUGAAACGUGACAGAAAAUGCAGGGCUGAGGGUGGAAAAAGGGGAUGAGGAUGGGAAAAGGGGAAGAGGAUGGAAAAAGGGGAAUGAAGAGGAUGACAAAGGCGACAGGAAGGGACAAGCCAGUGCCCACCAUCAUCAUCCCCUGUGUCCCCCCCAUGUACCCCUGUGUCCCCACUGUGUCCCUCCAGGCUGCAGUGAUGGACCUGGACCCACGCAGUGAGGGGCUCUACGGCCAAGACCCCCCAAGACCACCAUGUGUCCCAGUGUCCCCUCUCCCCAGGGACAAGGUGGUCUCAGGUGUCCCCAGGAGAGGCAGUGUCCCUGUGUCCUGCCCAGUUCCCCCCUCAGGUCCCCCUGGGGGGAUCCCACAGCUGGAGGUGCUGCUGAGGCAGGUGCACAGCCUGCAGAAAGUCCGUGAGGCCACGACACAGGAGCUGGUGAAGGCACAAGACUGCAGUGAGGGGUUGCGCCAGCACCUGGAGCAGCUGGAGCAGCAUAAGGAGGCACUGGAGAGGUCCUGGCAGCAGGUGCAGGAGUCACUGCAGAGAGCGCAGCUGCAAGGGAAGGAGGUGGAUGCCAAAGGUCAGAGGCGCUGCGGGCUCUGCCUGGAGAAGCAGCAGGACCUGGAAGGGACAAAGCAGCAGUGGGAGGAGCUGCAAAACCUGCGCCGGGGGCACAGGUGGCAGCACUGCCAGCAGCUCGAGGCCAUCAUGGAGGAGCUCAAGCAGCUGCGUGUCACACACGUGAGCCCCGGGCUGGGGUCCCUCGCACACCUGGGGGUCCCUCACACACCUGGGUGCCCUGGCACACCCUGGCAUCACCCCCUUCCCCCUGUCCCCCCACAGGCUCCAGCCCACCUGGAGGCUGAACUGGUGCAGCUGGAGAAGAUGGAGGAGAAGUGGCUGAGCUGGGAGCGCCGUGUGAUGGACGCCGAGGAGCAGCUGGGUCCAGAGGCACCUGUGCUCAGGCGAUUGGUGCAGCAGGAGCAGGAGGGGGCGGGGCAACAGCUGGAGGUGGAGCUGGGCCGGCAGCAGCUGAGCCUGCAGCGCUGUGACAGGUUGGCAGAGGAGCUGCAGCAGCUGCAGCGCCCCCAGGAGGCUCUCCCAGAGUGACAGGGGACGAGAUGGACACACCCCAUGGGACACCUGUGGCACCUGUGUGACACCUCUGUGUGUUACCUGCGGGCCACCUGUGUCCUGCCAUGUUCUCAUGUCCCCCAUUCCCCAUUGUCCUACCCGCCAUGUCCCCCUCAGGUCCCCAAGGCUCCCCCGUAUCCCCCAGUCCUCUCAAGUUCCCCCAUCCUCCCCAUAUUCCCCAAUUGUCCCUCAUGUCCCCA